AUGCGAAGAAACGUUAAUGCUGUAUCUUUGGGCGCAAAAAUUGGAACUUCCCUUUACAUUAGCGAUGUUCAAGAUGCUUUUAUCUAUCUAUCUAUCUAUCUAUCUAUCUAUCUAUCUAUCUAUCUAUCUAUUUUAUAUGUGUAUUCAAGUAUCUAUCUAUCUAUGCAUCUAUCUAUCUAUCUAUCUAUUUUAUAUGUGUAUUCAAGUAUCUAUCUAUCUAUCUAUUUUAUAUGUGUAUUCAAGUAUCUAUCUAUCUAUCUAUCUAUCUAUCUAUCUAUCUAUCUAUCUAUCUAUUUUAUAUGUGUAUUCAAGUAUCUAUCUAUCUAUCUAUCUAUUUUAUAUGUAUAUUCAAGUAUCUAUCUAUCUAUCUAUUUUAUAUGUGUUCAAGUAUCUAUCUAUUCUAUCUAUCUAUCUAUCUAUCUAUCUAUCUAUUUUAUAUGUGUAUUCAAGUAUUCAUCUAUCUAUCUAUAUCUAUCUAUCUAUUUUAUAUGUGUAUUUAAGUAUCUAUCUAUCUAUCUAUCUAUCUAUCUAUCUAUCUAUUCAUCUAUUUUAUAUGUGUAUUCAAGUAUCAUUCAUUCAUCUAUCUAUCUAUAUCUAUCUAUCUAUCUAUCUAUCUAUCUAUCCCAGUCUACUUUUGUCUAUCAAUAUAGCUACCUGUUUCAUUCUGUCCAUAUCUAUCUAUCUAUCUAUCUAUCUAUCUAUCUAUCUAUCUAUCUAUCUAUCUAUCUUCUUCCAGGAGAAAAAAUGAUAAAUCUCCCUCUCACUUUCCCUCUCUUUCUCUCUCUCUCUCUCUCUCUCUAUUUCUCUCUAUCUUUAUUUCUUUCACUUUCUCUCUCUCUCUCACUAUCUCUUUAUCUAUCUAUCUAUCAUUUUCUCUCUUUCUUUCUUUUCAGUCCUUCUCUCCUUCUCUCUCUUUCUGUCUGUCAUUCUCUCUCCCCCCUCUCUCUCUCUCUCAAUUUCUCCCUCUCUUUUUCCUAUCGGUAUCUAUCUAUCUAUCUAUCUAUCUAUCUAUCUAUCUAUCUAUCUAUCUAUCUAUCUCUCUCUCUCUCUCUCUCUAUCUAUAUAUAUAUAUAUAUAUAUAUAUAUAUAUAUAUAUGA